CUCGAGGGUGAGACGACGCUUCCUCUGUGUAUAUGAGCGAGUGCCGUUCACAGAUCUGUUGCCAGGUGUGACGCCGCUGCCGACCAAACAAACACUUCCCCAAAGAGGAAGACGAACUCAACCUCACCUAUACCUGCCGUUCAUUCCUCAUCGCCUCACCUGAACGACGCCACGAUCUGGAUUUUAACACACGGGAUCGAGGCGGAGCUGAAAAAUAGAAAGCACCUGAUAGUACAAUCCAGAGAAAACGUCAAUCAGUCAAGAGUUUUUGAGUUACGGUCUGGUCCUGUUGGCGGACACGCGUUUCAUUUUCGCUCGUGUUCAGAUGAGAGCGUGAGAACUUCACAUUGUACCUGAAACCUUUCCAGAAACAACCGAGGUCACAUGUCCGCAAGCUACUCAAAUAAGAUCUGAAUGAUCAAGAUGCCGCUGAGGACAUCGCUGCAACGCAAACCAGCGUCUGGAAGAUGGACGAGGAGAUCAUCCAACCGCAGAGACGUUCUGUCUGUCAACAUGAUCAGUCUUCCUCUCGCAGACUUCAGACACCUUUCACACAUCAGCCCUGACAGUCACAUGGACCGCAGCUUUGGAGAUCUCUCCUUCUUAAAGACGGCGGGUAACAGCCUGGUUCUCCAGAGCUCUCAAAGCGAACAGAACCUCUUCCUCGCCUGCGGCCCGCCGCCGAAGCCCCCCCGGCUGAACCCGGCGGAGAGCCGCUGCAGUCCCGUCUGGGAGCACGCGCCUGUCAAUCAAAGACAGAAAUGCAGCUCGAUGCCCCUCUUGGACAGUGAGGAAGCGAACGACGUGGAACGGCGCUCGCCCCUCGAGCCGGCCAACAGUCCCGAUCGCGGAAGUCUCAGUUCUGGACGAGAUUCGACGCAAACAAACUCUGAGGAAUCGCAGGCGGAUGAGAUGGAUUCAGCGUUCAGUUUGGAUCUGGGACCCUCGAUAUUGGACGCCGUCCUGCAAGUGAUGGACAAACUCCACCAGCAGAAGUGAGACAGAGCGUGAACUGGCUCAUCUGAUAACAACAACGCUGAACAUUUGCUUCACGUGCGUUUUGUCCUGUUUUAUAAAAGCAAUAAGGCACUAUAAGUACAUCGCUGCUGUCCUUCUGAAACCUCGUAUCUCCAUAUUUCUCAUUUUUAUCUUUUGAUAUAAAUCAUUAUUAUUAGUCACCCUUUAUGUUUGUCACUGGGUUCUCCAAACAUCAAAAAUUCUUUGUUUUUUUUUCCUCCACAAAUUUGAUAACACAGCAUUUAUUCAUUUAAACAGUGAAUUUGGACAUCCAAGGUUUCGUGAGGACAGCGACGACAUCAUACCUAACAUCAGCUUUCAAGGCAUAAUUUAACCAAGAAUUAAAAUUCUGUAGUCAUUUAUUCACUCUUAUGUUGUUCAAAAACUCUGUGUAGCACAAAAGAAGAUAUUUCGAGAAAUGUCUCAGUGGUUUGGUGUUCAUAUAAUGGAAGUCAAUGGGGUUCGGUGUUGUUUGGUUAUCAACAUUCCAAAAAAAGAUCUUCUUUUGUGUUCUGCUGAAGAAAGAAACUCAUACAGGUUUGAAAUGAGAUGAGGAUGAAUAAAUAAUGAAAUAAUUCUCAUUUUUGAGUGAUUUGUCCAUUUAAGCUCUUCCUACUGCUUUAAUGGGGUAGUUGCACAAGAUAGCUCCGGCGAGAUUUUGCGAUGCCAGGUUCAGCAAACUAAUUUCCGGUUGUAUAACACAAUUGAGUUGUUUUAGCUUAUCGAAGUGCUCAAGAAAUGUAAAGAGGAUCUGUGAUAUUGCUGAUAUAUUACUUUCUUUUUUAUACCUAAAAACACCCGUGUUAUACGGGAUUGGAAAUUAGUCUGCCGACCCUGGCGUCCCAAAAAAGCUCACCGGCGCCAUCUUGUACAACAAGCGAGUAAAGUGUCACAGAAUCCUAAAGGCCAAAUAAAUAUGCUUUAAGUAAGGGAUAAUCCACAGCUAGCUGUGCAUUUAAGGGUUUUAAUGCACGACGUGGAGGCCAAGAACCACCCGACACGCAUUAAAAUCCUUUAACGCACGGCUAGCUGUGGAUUAUCCCACUUAUACCAUGGUCAUUUGCCAAGUUAAAGCUAUUAUUGAUGUUUACAGUGUCAUUUAAGAUCAAACAGGUGAAAAUUAUUUUUUUUUGUCUGUUAAUUUCAAAUGUAAUCAAACUGACUGGAGCUACCCUUGCAUUAAACGUUUUUAAUGCACACCUUCCAGCCAAUCAGAACCCAGUAUUCAAACAGACCCUGGUAUAAAACUGCCGUAACACAUAAUGUUUACUUUUAAAAUCACUGCAAAUACAUUGUUAAUAUUAAAUAUAUUGCUCAGCCCUGUUUAUUGGACAUAUAAACGUGUUCGCAUUGUUUUCAGAAGAGGUCAGCUGAAAGUUAAAUCCCUGAACGGCACGCCCGACUACACAUCCCAACCGCUCCUAAAUCCACUGCAGAAUAACCUUGGAGUUCUUUUUCAGGAAAUGUUUUUUCUCUCCAAGUACAAAAAUAAAUUUAACCCCAAAAUACAAACUAUACCAGGAGCAAUAACAGGGUUUCAUGUUUCUAAAUGAAGUCGUCACAUAUUUUAAAUGAAUCGCAGCUUAAAGUGAUACUUCAUCCAAAAAUGAAAAUUCUGUCAUCAUUUACUCACCCUUGAGUUGUUUCAAAUCUGUAUAAAUGUCUUUGUUCUGAUGAACACAGAGAAAGAUAUUUGGAAGAAUGCGUUUAACCAGACAGAUUUUGACCCCCACUGACUCACAGAGUAGGAAGAAAUAAAAUGGUAGUCAAAAGUGCCCCAGAACUGUUUGCUGUCCUACAUUCUUCAAAAUAUCUUCUUUUGUGUUUGCGUAAUUUCUCCUACUCUGGGACUCAAUGUGGGGCAAAAUAUGUCUGGUUAUAAGCAUUCUUCCAAAUAUCUUUCUACAAAGAUAUUUAUACAGAUUUGGAACAACUAAAUGAUGACAGAAUUUUCACUUUUGGGUGAAGUAUCCCUUUAAGUUCAGAUCUGCUGAGACCUUCACGAAUGAAUAUUGCAUGAGAAGAACACGAUGUACUUUUAAAUGAUGAGAUCGAUUUCUCUUAAAUCAGUGGUUUAUGGUUCUGGAGCACGAGCUCAAUCAAUCAAUGCGUGUAAACAAUCAAUAGAAAAACAAACUGAAAGUGGUGGAGAAAGUCAAGACGCGCAGGUGGAGUGAUAACAGACUGCAGACAGGAGCGGACUUCACUUAUUUCACUAUUGACAUUCAAACACUGAACAUCAUGCUGUAAGUCAAAACCGGCAAAUGCGAUUACCCAGCUUGAGCCCGUCCCAAAAGCUUCUCAGAAGCAUAACGCACGCUACGUGCUGUUCAUCAUCAAAACCAGCCCGUUUCCAGCAGAAACUCAACCGACUAUGACACGCAAGAUCCUCCAGCGCUCCCAAACCCAAACCUCUGCUACGGCACACGCGAUGCAGUCGCACCCACACGCAUGGAACACAACAACACGGAGAGAAGAGUACAUCAACCUAAUAUGUUCACAUCAUGAACAAAAUUCAUCUCGGUUUUCUCAGUCUUGCAGAGAUAUAUUUCACGACUAAUUUCAUAGGUCGCGUUUGAAAUCAUAUAUAAAACUUGUGUCAAAAUGUGUUACAGAGACACCCCAUCCACUUCAGAUCUACACAUUCUACACCUCUGAAUGUCGACUGCAACUUAAAAUGCAAAACAAUGCUAGAAAUAAACUGCAAUCCGUAACUUUCGUCUUUUGAUCGCAAUCUCUGUUUGAAACAAAAAAAUUGCAGAUUAUUUUACGUUUCUUUUCUUUUUGGUGAUUUGAAGUGAAAUGACGUCAAAUUGAUUUUUCCCCUGAAAUCAUACCCGACCGCUCAAAAUAUACAUCAUACCAUCGUAAAUCAGGGUAUAGAAAGAGUUUUAUACAAAGAGUCGUGUGUACUUGCUCAGUCAUAGGGCUGCACGAUUAUGGGGGAAAUGAUCAUCACAAUUAUUUGGCUCAAAAUUAUAUUCCGUCAGUUCAGAACAUUCGUUUUUAAUUUCACUUCAGCGUGUUUAACAUACUUUACAGCCAAUUAAUAUAUGUUUUCAACACCGUAUCUCAAAGUACGCUAUCAUCUAAACACAUUUACAUUUUGUGACCGGAAUGAAACCUUGCUACUCCAUUUUUGAUUUCUUGUUUUUAGUAAUCAUUACUAUUGGUCACUCUUUAUGUUUGUCUGUGGGUUUUGCAAAAAAAAGGAUUAAAAUAGUACAAAUACAGUGUAGAAAUGUAGUGGGGUUUCUUCCUGUAAAGUGGCAGAGAUACAAGCUUUUAGUCCGACAGCGAUGAUUUUCGGACCUUAUCAGGAAUUGUGCUUAUUGUGCUUGCUUUUAAAACAUUAAUAUCACAACAAUUAUACUCAAUUAAUUGCGGGAAGCAUAAAUCGUUAUCACCAUUAAAAUAAGAUUAAUCGUGCAGCCCUACUCUAUCACUAAUUUUUGUUUAAACUAGGGCUGUCAACAUUAACGUGUUAACGCAUGCGAUUCAUUUUUUUUCAGAUUUAAGGUCUUUGCACAUACAGUCCGAAAUUUUCGUAUGCCUUUUUUCGUAUUUGACGCUCGUUUGUACGGUGUCUCUGAAUUGUCAAAAUGCAUCUCAAAAUGCUAGCUACGGAUGCGGAAAAUGCAGAAAAUCGAACCCAGUCCAAUUUGUUUUACGAUGGACGAAAAUAUCGGAGGCAGUGUGUAAAUAUGAUGACGUGAGGUCGUAUUUAUUUUUUAAAGUGCAGAAAUUUUGGACGCAAAUUUCGGACUCAAUGUGCAAUGGCCUUAACUCGUUAAAAUAUUUAACGCAAUUAACACAGCAUCCGUUUAUUUGUCAUCCUUUGUCUAGCGUUACAUUAUAUAAUCACACUCUUAUUCAUGUAAAGGCCUUUAAAACAUUUAAGCGUGAUUUGAAAGUUGCUGUGACGCGUUCAGUAUAGAUAGACGGCUUCUAGCUGUGGGACGCGGCACAACGCAACACGACAGCGGUCUGUCUGGUGUAUAGAGUCACGGCUAAAGGCUGCGUCAGUGAAUCUCUGUCAGACAGCACAGCAUCAGUAUUAAGUUUUCCUUCGUGCUUGAAUGAACAAAACCUAACAAGAUUAUGUCAGAUUAUGGCAGUUUUGUUCAGCAUUUUUGUAAACACAGAUUUCAACGUGUUAAAUAAAAUCCUAAACGAAUGCAAAGAGUUGUGAAAAUGGGAAAGGGCGUCAGAUCUGCGUAGAGCGGCAGCUCUUAAAGGGGCGGCAUUCUUAAACUUGCUGCUGUGACUCCUGUCACUAAUGAGAAUCAAAGAACAAAAGAAAAGAGGAAUUCAGUGUGUUUUGUAGCUUUAAUUCUGUAUUUAAUUUAGAAUUGAGCAUUAAAGACUGUUAAGUGUUUGACAACUUAAUUCAAUUUCUGUAUAUUUCCUAACUGUUAUACUAGUUAUACUGAACUUCAAUGUUAAAUGUCUAUAAUUAAUGUUAAAAUAAAGAAAAAAUCAUCAAUUUAAUGGAGACAUCAGUUGCAGUACUAAUAUCAGGAAGUUGGCUUUCAUUCAUAAAAUGAUGUUGUUAAAGAAAUCAGUUGUUUCUACGUUAAAUUUGAGAUUAAAUGUGAAAUUAUUUGAAUGUAAACGUAUAUUUAAAAACAUUAAUGGUAUGUGCGAUUAAUCGUGAUUAAUUGCAGAAAAAAUGUGUGAUUAAUCAGAUUAAUUUUUUUUAAUCGAUUGACAGCACUCGUUUAAACCAAAACCCAGAUUUCAGAUUUAUUAUAACAAUUAAAUGCUCAUGUAAAUCACAGUAUAAACGCCUGGUGAAACCCGUCUUCUUGAGUAAAAGGAAAUAAAACAUUAACACAAAAAAGGAAGCAGAAAAACGCACAGAUCUGCAUUUCAUUGAACCGUUCAAAUGUGCCACUGUCUCUCACAAAAGAACCACAAACUAACCAGUGACCGCUAACACGAGGUCAAAGAGCCCACCAGAAUUCCCAGAAACCUCUCCUGGAUUUCAAUGUAGGGAAGGAGAAGCAAAGUCCGUCUGCCAAGAGCAGAUCAAGACCCACAGCAGACACUUCAGCAUUUAUUUUAGGGAGAGUUGUGCAACUGUAAAAGGAAAUGUGCUCGGAGCUCGUGUUGUUUCUGGCAGAAAUCCCGACGCGUUUGACGAGAAAUAAAAACGGAGACAUUUCUCAGAGAUUGCACUUUUAUCUCCGUAGAAACCUGACCGAUCAUCACCUGCAAAAACCUUUACAAUUUUGUACACACUCUUUUCUUAGAACGUGAUUAACAAUCAAUCAUAUUAAACAAACAUUUAAAGUAAAAAAGACAAAAUUACAGAAAAGAAGCCUGGAGAAGAAACAUUGAGUAACACCAAACCUAUCGCUCAAACUCGACUGCUGUUACGAGCAUUCAUUUAAGAAAAAUAACUAAAAUCCUAAAACCUCUUAUUAGUCAUUUAUUUCCAGGUCCAAGAAAUUUCCCAGCCGGCCGUAAAUCACACAAGCGUUGUGAAGCGCUGCGCGGAGGAGUGAUAGAAAAUACAGCGGACUACAGAGGCGAAACUAAAUCCAAUCCAAAUAAUGUGGAUUUAUUACCGGAGUCGUGCACGGGGAACAAUUACACGUUACACAGAGAACAUUCAUUCUGAAAAUCUCACCAACUCCAGCGUUUGUUACAGACGUUCACUGUUAAAGAUGUAUCACAUAUUCCCAGAUAUUAAAUAUAAAAUAUUGACAGAUACGCAUAUAGAUUCUCAAGGAAUUAUGGGAUAGAGAGGGGCUCUGCCAGACCUCUUGAGGUGGUUUCAGUUGACCUUGGCUGGCGUGGACCACACGGCUCUCUUCACUGUGAGCUAAUGUGAAAAUGACCCCGUCAUAAUCAUGAUUUUCUUCACUAGUUUCUAGAAACUCAUGAAACGAUCUGAAUUCAAAAUAGGCGACGUGAAGCCAGUUGCCACAAUAACGUGCAUGCACAUUGUUUCCCGAGUUUGGACCAUGAGCCCGAUCCACAAUCCCACCCUGAACCACCCCGGGUUAUUACAGUAACUCAAAACUGGGAUUUUUAAGAGCCAAAUGGAUUCAAUUUAGUGUGCUUUACUUUCUGGAACCGGGUCGCCUUCUUUAAAGGUGAAGUGUUGUACGUGUGGUGCUUUCCUGUGUGUGAAAUGUAUCCAUUACCACUAACUGUCAGCAAUAGUUUAUAGCAGUUUCGGCAGCAAAGACGUCAUCAAACGUUAGUGGCCCAAAACUUCACUUCCGCAAAGACUCAAUAGCAGUUUUACACGCCCUCUUGAGUUUCUUUCUUCUGCAGAACACAAAAGAAGACAUUUUGAAGAACCGUUGGUCCCCAUUGACUAGCAUUGGUUUUGUGUCCAUACAAUGCUAGUCAAGGGGGACCAACUGUUUUUUGUUACCAACAUUCUUCAAAAUAUCUCUUUUGUGUUUUGCAGAAGAAAGAAAAUCAGGCAACAGGGUAAAUGAUGACAGAAUUUUCCUUUUCUAGGUGAACUAUUCCUUUAAAUGUAGAACAAACUUUAAAACACAUUUUUUAAUGAAUUUCAUUUACUCUGAACGUUUACAAAACAUUACGUUGACACUUAUAAAGGGAUACUUUACCAAAAAAUGAAAAUGAUUUACUCACCUUCGAGUUGUAGAAAUGUCUUUGUUCUGAUGAACACAGAGAAAGAUAUUUGGAAGAAUGCGUAUAACCAGACAAAUUUAGCCCCCCCAUUGACUCCCAUAGUAGGAAAAAUUACUUUAUCAUUUUAUUUUGUUCUGUUGAACACAAAAUUAUUUUUAUUUGAAAUUUGGGAGAAAUAUUGUUACUAGUUCACAGAACGAAACAAAAAUGAUCAUUGUACCUAAACACAUAUUAUACUGUAUACACACAUAUACAUACAUACAUUUACUGAACAUUUUUACUAAAUUUUUUAAAUAAUUUGGAAACUGAACAUAAUUUUGAAAUGGUCUCUUAAUUUUUGCCGCGGCUGUACAUUCAAAAUAUAAAACAUUAUUCAAAGUGGGUUUUCUCAUUUUAACCCAAAAUCCUAAGGAAUUAUAUUAAGCAUCAAGAAAACGUCAUGAAAAGAUGGUUUUCCUGACUAUACGUAAUUUCAAUAACAAGAACAUAAAAAUGAGAAAAGAAAACAUUUGAAAGUAAAGAAGAGAAUUUGGAGGAAAUACGUAUUUAAUUCUCAUGGAAAUAACAUCACUGCUCAAGAAAAACCGUUAAUGUUCAUGAAACAGGCUUCAUUUGAAAUAUGACUAUGAUGAUACUUACAGCCGCUCAGACAUUUUGAAGAAUGUACAGCAAGCAGUUCCGGGGCACGUUUGACUACCAUUGUAUUUUUUCCUACUCUGGGAGUCAACGGGGGGCAAAAUCGGUCUUGUUCUAGGCAUUCUUCCAAAUAUCUUUCUCCGUGUUCAUCAAAACAAAGAAAUUCAUACAGAUUUGGAACAACUCGAAGGUGAGUAAACGAUGACAUAAUUUUCACUGUAGGGUGAAGUAUCACUUUACAACGCUGCAUCCAAGUGAGAGAAGACAUUUUCCAUCAGACUCUACGUGUGUAUCUGGAGUUUUUAUUAGGUACUCUACGGGACAUAAUCAGAGGUCUGGAUGACUUCUGUCGGGGGUUAUAAGUACACCCUGCAGUAAGUACACCGAAUCUAAAGGCCGAGAGUAAACGUGUGGAAGUGCAUGUAGAGGGAAAGAGAGAGAUCAGGAACUCUUUUGGGGGCUUGUGAGGGGGGCAACAUCUCGUGCCAGUCACACAUUACACAUCCCCCUCCCCUCCGUUCCCCGUGUUGAGGCCGAGCGUGCCGUCUGAGUCUGGCGGGUCAGACGUUAAUGAGACGCGUGCUGGGGGUCCAGAAAGCCUCGAGCGUGCAUGCGUGUAGCGCCGUCCAAGUCAAACAAACCCACUAAACACAUUGUUCGGUGGACGUAUUUGCACAGCGAUCCGAAAGUGAAACCUUGAAUGUUUACAUACCUCUCUUGACAGAUACAUAAAAUAUGCGAUUUACAUCGCGUGCCAAAUCCACGGGAUGGUAUGGAGCGCUGCCGUAACGUUAUACUCUCGCUACAAUUCGAGAGAGACGGAGAGACUCACGCACAGAAGCGCGGGUCAUUUUCAGAUUAAACUCUGUGUUCUGCUCGAGCCCGCAUUUCAAACACACAUGUUUGGUUCCUGUUUUAACCGCACGAAAGAUUAACGUAUCAGUCACGUGCAUGUAAACGUGGUGAAUGGUUCGGCACAGGAGC